AUGGCAACUUCCAUGAUUUAUCUUUUUGUUACCAUCUUGCUUGUGGCUGCUGCCCACACGGCUUUUGCCGAAUCAAACAUGCUCCAAGAUUUUUGUGUUGCUGAUCUCAAUGGUGAAAAAGUCAACGGAUACCCAUGCAAAGACCCAGCACAAGUAACACCAGAUGACUUCUACUUCGCAGGCUUAGCCAAUGCUGCAACCACCACAAACCCCACAAUGGGCUCAGCCGUUACAAGUGCCAACGUUGAGAAAAUCCCUGGCCUCAACACUUUGGGACUAUCCAUGUCUCGGGUCGACUACGCACCAGGCGGACUCAACCCGCCUCAUCUUCACCCCAGAGCAUCUGAAGCCAUAUUCGUCCUAGAAGGACGUCUUUUCGUUGGAUUCUUGACCACCACUAGAAAACUCAUCUCCAAACAUCUCAACAAGGGAGACGUCUUUGUAUUCCCCAGAGGUCUUCUCCAUUUCCAGCAGAAUCCUAACAAUGCUCCUGCUUCUGUGCUCGCUGCUUUUGAUAGUCAGAACUCUGGGGCUCAAGGUGUUGGACCGUCUCUUUUUGGUGCUAACCCUCCGAUUCCUGAUGACUUGCUUGCCAAGGCGUUUUAUUUAGAAACACAGGAGGUUCAGAAGAUUAAGGGUAAAUUCCCAGCCAAGAAAUAAAUCUAGGUUUCAGACGAUACCCAUAAAUGAAACCAUAAAAAAAAAAUGUAAACUACUAACCAAAAGGUGCUUGUAAAUAUUAUUUUUUGAAUGUUGUAGAUACUCUUUUAACAUUUUUG